AAACGCCUCAAUUGCGACCUUUCUGUUGAUGAUUGCGGCGUCUUUAUGGAACAAUGAUUCCGCUCACGUCUGUCUCACUGCGAAACCUGUCCUUUUUUCGUUUUGCUUUUUCUUUUCUUUUUUUUUGGCCUUUAUGGCGCAAUGAUGCCUUUGGCUUUUGAGUUCGAACGAACCGGCUUUUCGUUUUUGGCUUAACUAGCCCGGUAAUUUGGCGCUUUUUAGCUCGAGAAAUGAUAGAUUUGGCGAGUUCAUUUCCAAUUAGACAUUUGAUCGGUUUUGAUCUUGGCGGAUUAGGAGCCAGGCACGUUUCUCUGUCCUCCACUGGUUUUAAGUGGCAGACAGAUUGUUUGUGCAGGAGACGUCAGUCACCCAUGAUGUGUUGCUGGCAAAAUGAAUGGUUCUCAGAACAGAAAAGUUCACAACUUUGAGAAACAGUUUCCAGGGUGCCUCGGAAGGGUGGUGAACCUUUUCGAUUUAAGUACAGGAGUGACUAGCAGCAGGCUACUCACAGAUAAAGCGCAUCCAUAUGGUUCCUCACUCUCGAGGAGUUUAUCAGAUAUGGCAACAAUGUUGGCCCCUACAUUUGGGAAUCCAACAGAGGAAAAAAGGAUAGUGUUGAACUCUCAUAGAAUUUCAUCCAGCCGGAAAUCAAUGGGUACACCCAUGAAGAUGUUAAUAGCAGAAGAAAUGUCAAAGGAAGUUGAAUCUAAACAUUGCUCUCCUAAUGUGAUUGCCAAGUUGAUGGGGCUUGAUGCCCUUCCCCAGCAACAGCCUCAUUCUGUUAAUAGGAGAAGCCAAUCAGAAGGUUCUUUGCAGCACAGGUUAGAAACUAUGGAAAUAGCGCCUGAAUAUUGGCAAAGUGAGCGUGGGCACGAAGUUCUUAAAUAUGAAGGAAAUGAUUACAAAGAUUUUUACGAGUCAUCACCGCAGUCUAACAAAAUCUUUGUGAGUGGUAAACAGCAACAGAAGGGAAAAUAUACAGAUCGUACAAAUGAGAAGAAGAUGGCUCUUGUUCGUCAGAAGUUCAUGGAAGCAAAACGUCUAGCUACAGAUGAAAAUCUGCGGCAGUCCAAGGAAUUCCAUGAUGCAUUGGAAGUCUUGAGUUCCAAUAAGGAGUUAUUUCUCAAAUUCCUUCAGGAACCGAAUUCAAUGUUUUCUAAGCGUCUUUAUGAGCUCCAGCAUAUAUCUAUGCCUCUUGAAACAAAGCGCAUUACCAUUCUUAGGCCCUCGAAGAUGGUCGAUGAUGAUAAAUUUUCUAUGCCUAGGAAGAAGAAUGGAAAUCCAGCUACGAUACCAACUCUGGUCCCUGGACAGGAGGGAUGGGAUAAAAACAAGUCCAGCUACUCAUCCACAUACGCUUGUCAAAAUGUGAAUGACUGUCCCAGUCAACCAACUCGUAUAGUGGUACUAAAGCCCAGUGCUGCCAAGGCUCAUGAUCCAUUGGCUGUGGCUUCACCAACCUCUGGGUCACAGAGAAUGGUGUGUGAUGAAAAUACUAUUGAGGUAGCUGAAGAUGAUGGCGUUCGAGAAUCAGGAGAAGUGGCCAAGGAGCUUCCGGGUCAGAUGCAUGCAAAUUUGGCUGGUCACAGGAGGGAUGAAACUUUGUUAUCUUCUGUUUUCUCUAAUGGCUAUGUUGGUGAUGACAGUUCAUUCAAUAAAUCAGAGAAUGAAUACACAGUAGGAAAUCUCAGUGAUUCGGAAGUUAUGUCACCAGGUUCUAGACACUCAUGGGAUUAUAUUAACAGGAUUGGCAGUCCAUACUCUAUCUCGUCCUUCAGCCGUGCAUCCUAUUCUCCAGAAUCAUCGGUUUGCAGAGAGGCAAAAAAACGUCUAUCAGAGAGGUGGGCCAUGAUGACGUCCAAUCAGAAUUCUCAAGACCAAAGACGUGUUCGUAAAGGAUCCAGCACACUAGGUGAAAUGCUUGCUCUUUCAGACACUAAGAAGUCAGUCAGACGUGAGGAAGAUGGCAACAAGAAGGAGCAAGAACAAGUGGGAUCAAGGCCAUCUCUAAGUAGUAACUUAAGUAAAGAGGAAUUGGUUGUUGCCUCACCGACAAAUCUUUCGAGGUCAAAGUCUGUCCCUGUAUCUUCAAUGCUAUAUGAUAACAAGCUCCAUCCGGAAACACCCGAUCCACAAGCUGGUAAGUCCAAUGUUCCUAAGCAGCCGAUCAAGAAAAGUGUGGGGUCAUCAUUGAAGGGGAAAGUUUCAAGCCUCUUCUUCUCGAAAAACAAAAAACCGAGUAAAGGAAAAUCCAAUGUGACUCAAUCUAAAGUUGAGGGCCAAUGUCUUGAUGCUGAAACUCCACGCUACUCAACAUAUCAACAUGAACAGAUUAAUGUUGAUUCUUCUGAAUGUAUUGACGGUAAGAUCAAUGAAGAGUGCUCGUCUCCUCGUCAACAUGGAUCGGUGAGCAAAACUUCUCCAGGUUCUGUCAAUGUAGCACAAGAACAAGGAGCGUAUGCGCAGGAGGGAUCAAUGCCUGUGGUGUUGGGGAAUUUGAAUAGUAGUCAGGAGCAGCCAAGUCCAAUUUCAGUAUUGGAACCAUCCUUUGAAGAAGAUGACAACCCAACUCCGGAAUCCUUUGGAAAACAACCGCUUGGUCAUUCUCUCAAGUCUAAUUUGAUUGACAAGUCACCACCAAUAGAAUCCAUUGCCCGGACACUCUCAUGGGAUGAUUCCUGUUUCGAAACAUCUGCUUCAUAUUCAAUAAGAUCCCCCAUGGUUUGCUCUAAUGUGGAGGAGGAAGAACUGGAUUGGCUUGUUUUUGUCAGAACGGUUCUGUCAGCAGCCAGUUUUGAUGGUGAAGUGCAACCAGAUACAUUUUUUUCGAGGUGGCAUUCGCCUGAAAGCCCAUUGGGUCCAUCUUUGCGAGAAAAAUUUGCGAAUACAAAGGAUGUUCAUGAACCGAUGCCUGAGGCGAAACGUAGGCAAAGAAGAUCGGAGCGAAAGCUUGUUUUCGAUUGUGUGAAUGCAGCACUGAUCGAAAUAACAGGUUAUGGGCCAAAUUUGGGCCCAAUCGACUGGCCAGGCUGUGAGGCUCCAAGUGGGACGUUAGAGCAGACAUUAUCUAUAACAGUGGACCAUGUGUGGGCUCGAAUGACGGAAUGGUUUCCCGAUGAGGUUAGGUGCGUUUCAAGAGGUGAUGGGGGCAGCAGCAGCAGCAGCCUGGUGGUGGAGAGAGUGGUGAGAAAUGAGGUGGUUGGAAAAGGGUGGAUCGAGCAGUUGAGAUUGGAAUUGCAUAGCCUAAGGAAGGAAAUAGAAUGGAGGUUGCUCGACGAGCUUGUGGAUGAGGCUGUUGUUGAUUUGACGGGUAGACUGUCAUGAGCUCUGCUUCGUUUUUAUUUCUCUGUGUAUAUCAUUACUCUAAUAUAUGUGGCUUCUGGUGAAUGGUGAUAACCAACAGAAAAUGUCCCUCUGUCGUCUUCAUUAUUCGAAGCUGCAAAUGUUUCAGUAAGCAUUAAUUUUUCCCCCAA